AUGUUGACGGCCGCUACCCUCCUUGGAGGGAUGUCGCUCGCCGGCGUUCCCAGUGUCAGGCGAUAUAUCCCGGUUUCUAUACAUCGCUCGCCCACUGCGCUGGCUAGAAUUUCUCCCAUGGGGUUCCUCGUCGUCGAAGUGGGAGUUUCAUAUUUCGAAUGGCUCAAUACCAUCUCCAAGCCAUUCAACGAACCGUUUUAUACCAAUACCGAUAUCAAUACCAAUACCACAUCCGACAACUAUAUAAUCCCCCCUCCUCCCCUUUUUACGCACACCAAGGACAUCAUCCCUCUUCCUCCCAAAGCACUCUCGAACCCUUCUCGUAUUACAAAAGAUCUAGUAUUUGUCGGCCAUGCUCCUACUUGCAGAUGGGCGUACAGUCGCGACCCUAUCGACAGCGACGACCAGCCGGGGCUCCGCCGGUCUGCGCGUAUAGCAUCUGCUGUUCUGGCUGCACGCGAGACUGCGACCAGGACGACCUCUGCACCCAACGCCCGCCCCGCCUGCGGAAGAGCACCGUUUGUUAUGAAUGGUGGUCGUCGUGGUGGGGCUAGUGGAGGAGGAGGGUCAGGCCCAGGUGGAGCCGGCGCGCGAAAUGGCGCUACCUCUGGACGUCGUGGCAGGCGUCGAGGAGCUGCGGGCGCACCGGCACCCAGCCCUCCCAACCCCCCUUCCACUCAGUUCGAUGACGAUGGCUCAGACCCCGACGAUGACCCAGAGGAGGUGGGCUGGGUAUAUUUUUUCUUUUUCGCCGUUUUGUCUACCCUCGUUGGGAUCGGUUCGAUGCCCAAGGUCAAGCCGCCCACAACACAUAUCGAUGAGUUUAACGGUGAUUUGGUGGUCUCCAAGCCUGUCACACACCCCUUCUCCAGAAUCACUCGUAUGGAUAUGACUUCGUUUCUUCUAUUCUUCAUUUUAUGCGGACCUGGCUCAGAGAGAAGGCGUGCAAACAUGGCCCAUUUCCUAAAUCUCCAGGACUACAACAUCAACAACUUUAUCUUGCAACCCGAAAAUCAUUCUAUUUCUAUCCAACACAUGGACCAAUCUGUUUCCACAACCACCCCCGACACUGCUGAGGACAUCGUCAAGUCUGUUCCAGCUGCCACUGAAAACCACGACAACAAUGGAUACUCUUUUGCUUCCGACCAUGCCUUUUACGCCGACUCCGAGCCGUCGGGUUCCAACAUCGAGGCGGAUCUCUCCCUCGCCUUGACUAAGACCUGCGAACAGGCUGUUGAGGAGGAAUCCGUUGUUCUCGACGGCGCAGUCACUCGUUGGAAGGGCAAGGGAAAGGCGAUCGCUGGUAUGGACGGGGCUGUCCUUGAUUCUGCCUCGGUCACUGAGCUCGAAGACGCCGUCAACUCUGAACAUGUCAGCACCUUCAGCCGCCUCUACGUGCCCGUCUACAAGUACCGCCGCACCUACCCCAAGACCAUCACCGUUUUCGCCCAGGCCGACAACCCCGCACAGGCCUUCGUCCACUUCCACCUCCCCAACCACCACUCCAACAACCGCGUCAUGGCGGUCGACCUUUCUCGCCGCAAGAUCCCCUUCCUUGCUAAGAGAAUCGCGACCGCCAGCGACGGGGACGUUGUCGAGGGUGAGGGAGAUGGUUGA